AUGGAGUCUUGGCAAGGGCUGAACUACUACACACGGAACACCACAAAAUGGGUUCAAUUGAUGAACCUCAGCUCGGCGGAAUGGGGCCUCGGCUUCCUUCCCGCCACCCUCGUCGCCAUCCCAGGUCACCUCAAUGACACCUAUGACUUCCCGUCAGACUCCAUCGUGAUCCAGAAUGCCUCGAAAACCACGCUCGGGUCCAUCCACAUAGAAGAGAUCAUCUUCGGGCUUGCAUCCGGCAUCGUCUUCCUGUGGGCUGUGGUUUGGCUGUACGUCAACCGUUCAGAGAUCCGCAGCCCACGCAGCAGCCAGGACUCGAUACCAUCCGAUGCUGCCAGCCAGGGCACCAGCGUCACAGCACUCACAACUCUUGACGACGGCUUCGUCAGGGCGAAUGAUUUCCUCCGUGACCUCAAAUACUUUUACUACGACUCCGACAAGUCGAAGCUCGAGGUUGGUGAAAAGGACAUCAGCAUCGAGGGCAUCAGCACAGACGAUAUCGAGAACGCAGGAACCCUGUUCAGGAAGAUGUAUGGCUUGGAUUUGAAGCUCUGGUCGAUGGAGAACUCGCGUGAGCGCACAGCAGCCGAACGUAAUAAGAUAAUGCACGAGAGCGAUGCCAUUCUCGCCGAGGUGACCCAGCAGGUUCAUAUAUGGCAGACCGACAUGAGCAAUCCUACCACGACUACUGCAACGGAGGAUGAGAAGCGUGAGAUGGAUGAGAUUGUGGAGACCCUCAGGUCAAUUGGUCAGGAGCGGUAUCCAAAUAAACAACCGGUGUACAUUGGCACUGAGAGUAGGAGGCGGGCUAGGUAA